AAUAAGUUACCAAAUAAAUUUCCAAAGUAACAAUUCAAUAAACAAGCUGCGGUCGUUGAGCGUGUACGCUUUUGUUAAACAAAAAUUAUCUAACAAUUUAAUAUGAAAGUUCAGAUUAUUGUUCUGUUUGCCUUGCUGAGCUUGUGCAGCGCUCGCUUGCGUGACCGAACGACUAGAAUCAAAAUCGGAGUGGCUCUAUCACAUAUCCAUCUCCCACAGCCUAUGUACUCACUCCUUGGCGGGUCCGAAUUUAACUCUAUGACCGCUGAGUGGCAAAUGAAAUGGGAUCCGAUCGGAAACGAUCCAAACACGCCAAAUUUCGCAUGGGCGGAGGAGUUGAUGUCAUUUGCUCAACGGUACAAUCAACAAGUGCGUGGUCAUACACAUAUUUGGCAUUCGGCUGUACCCACCUGGGUACAAGCUCUCGAAAGUAAUCCUGCCGAAUUGGAAAGGGUAAUGGUUCAACACAUCACUUCAACUGCUAAUCAUUUCAGAGGACGAUGCUACGAAUGGGAUGUUGUCAAUGAAGUUAUAGAAGGAGAUGGAUCAAUUAGGAAUACAAUUUUCUCGAGAGCCCUAAACACUACCUUCAUCGCUACAGCAUUUCGCAUACAUCGCGCGGCUGAUCCAGCUGCUAAACUAUUUAUCAACGAUUACAAUAUUGAAGGAGUUAAUGCAAAGAGUAACGCUCUCUACAAUCUUGUCGUUUCGCUGUUGGCGCAAGGUGUACCUAUCGAUGGUGUCGGUUUCCAAGGUCACUUUAUUGUCGGCCAAGUACCAUCUGAUUUUGCCGCUAAUAUGCAACGUUUCGCGAAUUUGGGUCUCGACGUGUCUAUAACUGAACUAGACGUUAGAAUGAAUAUGCCUCCGACAGCAGCUAAUCUACAACAGCAAGCACUGGACUACCAGAAUGCUUUCAGGGCAUGUUACCAAGUAUCGAGAUGUACCGGAGUUACUGUCUGGGGAGUUACCGAUUUGUAUUCGUGGGUUCCAAGUACCUUCCCAGGCCAGGGAGCUGCGCUACUAUUCGAUGAAGAUUAUAAUGCCAAACCAGCCUACUAUGCAGUUGAAAGUAUUCUCAACUAAUUCAGAUUGACUUCGGAAUAAAAGAUUUAAAUAAAUUAC